UCCCGGUCCUCGGAAUACCAAUCUGACUCUGUUAUAUGAUUGCCAAUCUUCAUCGAGUCUUAGAAUCUUUCCUUGCAAUUCUUCAAAUAACAACAAUGUUUCCAUAACUACAGAUAAUAUCCGUGGAGAUGGAUGUUCAGCUAAUGCUAGAGUUCCUGUUCUUCAAUCUUGUUGGGGAAGAUUUCGAAAUAAAACCUUGGAUUUGGAAGAAGCACUGGAAACAAGAUUCGAGGUGCAAUGGGAAGAGGAUAUGGAAGCCUGCUGGAAGUGCAAUGCUUCCGGUGGAGGCUGUGGUUUUAACGAUUCAAACUAUCAAACAGUCUGCUACUGCCCGUCAAGAUUUGAGAGUUCAUCAGAUCCUAACGAAUGCCAUCAAUCCCAUCUCCCACCAUCUUCAGCAUAUACCAAAAAACAACAAUAAUACCAAAGGUGGGUCCAAAUCCAAGUUGAAGCUGGCUCCAAUUUUAACGGGAUUAACAGUUGCUGGAAUUGUAUUGGUUUUUUCCGUUUGCUUCAUUGUCCUAAGGUUCAAAGGAAAAUCAUUAUCGAAGAUAAACGACGAUGCUAGGAUUGAGGUAGCAGGUGGGGAGGGCAGAGGGAGGCCAUACCUUAGGCCGGCUGCCGAAAAUCGCGGAGGGUAG